AUGUUCAUGAAAAUAAAAUCGUGGUACACAACAGAAGACCAGUACGAAAGAAUCAAUAAAACAGGGGUUAAUCGAUAUGUUAGACAUGGAAAAGUUUAUCGCCAUGAUGUGAAAGAUGCAGUCUUGUUGGCGUUGGUUGAAGCGCCUCCGCCGAAAAUCGAAGAUGCUGGAGCGGGUGAUGUCUUGGCUCCUCCGCCAAAGAUCGAAGAGUUGGGUUGUGGAGUAGCAGCAGCUGCACCUCCUCCAAACAGUGAUGACGUCUUCUGGCCAGUUGCAAACUGA